AUGCUGGACGAGUUCUGCAAUUCAACUUUUUGGAAUUCUUCAUUCCUGGAUAGUCCUGAGCCUGACCUGCCGCUCUGUUUUGAACAAACUGUUCUGGUGUGGAUUCCCUUGAUAUUCCUUUGGCUACUGGCACCGUGGCAGCUUAUUCAUGCAUAUAAAUCCAGAGUCAGCAAGGCUUCUAUAACCAAACUCUACGUGGCCAAGCAGGUGCUUGUUGGAUUACUUCUCAUUCUAGCUGUCAUAGAGCUGGUCUUUGCACUCACAGAAGAUACUGGACAAGCAACAAUCCCUGCCAUUAGAUAUACCAAUCCAAGCCUUUACCUGGUCACAUGGCUCCUGGUUUUGCUGAUCCAACACAGCAGGCAAUGGUGUGUUCAGAAGAACGCUUGGUUCCUGUCCAUUUUCUGGAUUCUUUCAAUCCUCUGUGGCACUUUCCAACUUCAAACCCUCAUCCGAACACUCUUACAGGGUGACAAUUCUAACCUGACCUACUCGUGCCUGUUCUUCAUCUUCUAUGCAUUCCAGAUCCUGAUCAUAAUCCUCUCAGGAUUUUCAGAAAAAUCCUCAUCAAAUAAUCCUUCAACCACGGCUUCAUUUCUGAGUAGUAUUACCUUUAGUUGGUUUGACAGAGUUGUUCUGAAAGGCUACAAGGAACCUCUGACACUUGAAGAUGUCUGGGAUGUUGAUGAUAGUAUUAAAACCAAGAGCCUACUCAGCAAAUUUGAAGCAAACUCGGCAGGAGAGCUGCAGAAGGCCAGGAAAGCAUUCCAGAAACGGAGGCAGAAGAAAUCCCAGCAGAACUUAGAAGCCACAAUGAAUGGCUUGAACAAGAACCAGAGUCAAAGUCAAGAUGUCCUUGUCAUGGAAGAAACUAAAAAGAAAAAAAAGAAAUCAAAGGAAUCUGAGAUCAGAAAAGACUUUCCCAGAUCCUGGUUGGUGAAGACCCUCUUCAGAACUUUCCGCAGCCAACUCCUAAAAGGGUUCCUGUUGAAGCUAGUGCAUGAUAUCCUCUUAUUUCUGAAUCCUCAGCUGCUUAAACUGCUGAUUGCCUUUUCAAAUGAUCCUGGUGCAUAUGUGUGGACUGGGUAUAUCUUUGCAAUUCUCCUCUUUGUUGUGGCUCUCCUCCAGUCCUUUUGCCUGCAGUGGUACUUUCAGUAUUGCUUUAUGAUGGGCAUGAGUGUACGAUCCACCAUCAUGGCUGCCGUAUAUAAGAAGGCCCUGACCUUAUCCAACUCAGCCAGAAGGGAGUACACUGUAGGAGAAACAGUGAACCUGAUGUCUGUGGAUGCCCAGAAGCUCAUGGAUGUGGCCAACUACAUCCACUUGCUGUGGUCAACAACAGUGCAGAUUAUUUUAUCAAUCUACUUCCUGUGGGCAGAAUUGGGACCUUCCAUCUUUGUAGGUGUUGGGGUGCUCGUGCUUCUAAUCCCCUUUAAUGCAGCACUGGUCAACAAGAAUAAGACUGUUCAGGCAAAAAAUAUGAAGAAUAAAGAUAAACGUUUAAAGAUUAUGAAUGAGAUUCUCAGUGGAAUCAAGAUCCUAAAAUAUUUUGCCUGGGAACCUUCAUUCAAAAACCAAAUCUACAACCUUCGGAAGAAAGAGCUCAAGAACCUGUUGACUUUUGCUAAAGUACAGUCUGUGAUUAUGUUCAUCUUAUUCUUAAGCCCGGUCAUGGUGUCUGUGACAACAUUUUCUGUUUACGUCCUGGUGGAUAGCAACAAUGUUUUGGAUGCACAAAAGGCCUUCACUUCCAUCACACUCUUCAAUAUUCUACGUUUUCCCUUGGGUAUGCUUCCGAUGGUAAUUGCCUCUGUUCUGCAGGCUAGUGUUUCCACAGAACGUCUAGAGAAGUACUUGGGAGGGGAUGACUUGGAUACAUCUGCCAUUCGUCACGACCCAAGUUCUGACAAAGCUGUGAAGUUUUCUGAGGCCUCCUUUACUUGGGACAGGGACACGGAAACCACAAUCCGAGAUGUCAACCUGGAUGUUACACCAGGCCACUUAGUGGCUGUGGUGGGCACUGUGGGGUCUGGGAAAUCUUCCCUGAUGUCAGCCAUCCUAGGAGAAAUGGAAAAUGUCCACGGACACAUUACUAUCAAGGGCACUAUUUCCUAUGUCCCACAGCAGUCUUGGAUCCAGAAUGGCACCAUAAAGGACAACAUCCUUUUUGGAUCUGAGUUCAAUGAAAAGAAGUAUCAGCAAGUUCUAGAGGCUUGUGCCCUUCUCCCAGACUUGGAAAUACUGCCUGGAAGAGAUCUGGCUGAAAUCGGAGAGAAGGGUAUAAAUCUCAGCGGGGGUCAGAAGCAGAGAAUCAGCUUGGCCAGAGCAACUUAUCAGAAUUCAGACACCUACAUCCUGGAUGACCCACUGUCGGCUGUGGAUGCUCACGUAGGAAAACAUAUUUUCAAUAAGGUCUUGGGCCCCAACGGCCUGUUGAAAGGCAAGACUCGACUCUUGGUCACACAUAGCAUUCAUUUUCUUCCCCAAGUGGAUGAGAUUGUAGUUGUGGGAAAUGGCACCAUCUUAGAAAAAGGAUCUUAUAGCACUCUGAUGGCCGACAAAGGAGAAUUUGCUAAGAAUCUCAAAACAUACAGCAAGCAAUCUGGUCCUGAAGAGGAGGCCACAGUCAAUGAAGGCAGUGAAGAGGAAGAUGAUGAUGGCCUGGUCACUAGUAUAGAGGAAGUCCCUGAAGAUGCAGUCUCCUUGACCAUGAAAAGGGAAAACAGCCUUCGACGCACACUCAGCCGCAGGUCCAGGUCCAACAGUAGACAUCUGAAGUCCCUGAGAAGCUCCUUGAAAACUCAGACUACAGGGCCAAAACUGAAGGCGGAGGAAGAAGUCAAAGGACAAAAACUGAUUAAGAAGGAAUUCCUCGAAACUGGAAAGGUGAAAUUCUCCAUCUACAUGAAAUACCUACGAGCAAUUGGAUGGUGGUCAAUGUUCUUUUUCAUCCUUUUAAAUAUGUUGAAUUCUGUGGCUUUUAUUGGAUCCAACCUCUGGCUCAGUGCUUGGACCAAUGAUUCUAAAACCUACAACAGCACCAACUAUCCAGCCUCUCAGAGGGACAUGAGAGUUGGAGUCUACGGAGCUCUGGGAGUAGCACAAUGUGUGUUUGUGUUCCUGGGAAAUUUCCUUUCUAUAUAUGGUACCACACAUGCAUCAAACAUCCUGCACAAGCAACUGCUGAACAAUAUCCUUCGAGCACCCAUGAGGUUUUUUGACACAACACCCACUGGCCGUAUCAUGAACAGGUUUGCUGGUGACAUUUCCACAGUCGACGAAACCCUUCCUUACACCUUGCGCAGCUGGGUUCUGUGUCUGCUGGGCAUCAUCAGCACCCUCGUCAUGAUCUGUGUGGCCACCCCAGUCUUCAUCGUCAUCAUCAUUCCUCUCACCAUCAUUUAUUUGUCUGUUCAGGUAUUUUAUGUGGCUACUUCUCGCCAGCUGAGACGCCUGGACUCUGUCUCCAGGUCCCCAGUCUACUCUCACUUCAGUGAAACUGUGUCAGGUCUGGCUGUUAUUCGAGCCUUAGGGCACCAGCAGCGAUUUCUAAAACUUAAUCAGGUGGGAAUUGAUAAUAACCAGAAAUGUGUCUUUUCCUGGAUCAUCUCUAACAGGUGGCUGGCAUUUCGCCUGGAAUUGGUUGGAAACCUAAUUGUCUUCUUCUCAUCUUUGCUGAUGGUUAUUUACAAAUCUACUCUAAGCGGGGACAUUGUGGGCUUUGUUUUGUCCAAUGCACUUAAUAUCACACAAACUCUGAAUUGGUUAGUGAGGAUGACAUCAGAGAUGGAAACCAACAUUGUGGCUGUUGAGAGAAUAAAUGAGUACAUAAAAGUAGAAAAUGAGGCACCCUGGGUGACAGAUAAGCGACCUCCAGCAGGAUGGCCCAGCAAAGGAGAGAUCCAGUUUCACAACUAUGAAGUGCGCUAUCGGCCUGAGCUGGACCUAGUUCUGAAAGGAAUCACUUGUGACAUCAAGAGCAUGGAGAAGAUUGGCGUGGUGGGCAGGACAGGAGCUGGGAAAUCAUCGCUUACAAACUGCCUGUUCAGGAUCCUGGAGGCUGCAGGAGGCCAGAUCACCAUCGAUGGGUUGGAUAUAGCUUCCAUUGGGCUCCACGACCUCCGAGAGAAACUGACCAUCAUCCCCCAGGACCCCGUCCUCUUCUCCGGAACCUUGAGGAUGAAUCUGGACCCUUUCAACAGCUACUCAGAUGAGGAGAUUUGGAAGGCCCUGGAGCUGGCUCACCUGAAGUCCUUUGUGUCCGGUCUGCAGCUUGGGUUGUCCCAUGAAGUGACAGAGGCUGGUGACAAUCUGAGCAUCGGGCAGCGGCAGCUCCUGUGCCUGGGCCGGGCCCUGCUUCGGAAAUCCAAGAUCCUGAUCAUGGACGAAGCUACCGCGGCGGUGGAUCUGGAGACCGACCAUCUCAUUCAGGCGACCAUCCGGUCCGAGUUCUCCCACUGCACGGUCAUCACCAUUGCCCACAGGCUGCACACCAUCAUGGACAGUGACAAGGUAAUGGUCCUAGACAAUGGGAAGAUUAUAGAGUUUGGCAGCCCUGAAGAACUGUUGAAAAACUCUGGCCCUUUUUAUUUUAUGGCCAAAGAAUCUGGCAUUACAAAUUCAAACAGCACAGCAUUCUAA